CCGCCAACAAGUAUCAGUUCAAGUAGGUGAAAGUCCGUCUGUACUCAAAUAAACUCCUGAACUAUGUUGCCCCAGUCUGCACAGCAAAUCAGACCUCAGCAGACCCAUCAAUCUCAACAACAAGGAAAUGUUUCAUUCAUCCCCCAGAAUUCACCUCAAAACUUCGAGACAGCCCAGUACUUCACUAGUACUCUUGAUCUCAAUGCUGCUGCAAAGCAAAUGGCAGCCAUGAAUGCUGCAGGAGUCCAAAGACAAAUGACAAACGUCAACGGCCGCUCGUCUGCGUCUGUCAGCGGAGUAUCUCCGGGAUCAUAUCUCGGCGGAAUGCCAUCCUCUUAUAACCAACCAAGCAGCUUUACUGGGCCACCUCAUGAUACUACAAAUUCGAUGCAAUUCAAUCCCACAGCUUCGUCAGGUCAAUCAAAUCCCCAGGGCAUCUACCCUGCCCAACAGACCACCAAUGCCCCCCCAAAUCCUUCUCUAAACGCACCCAUGUCUCAUCCAAACUUCACCCCAUCAGAUGUUGCCAAGAACCGACAGCGAACUUUCCUCGCAGGAUUGGCCGGCGCCCAUGCUACCCGCGUUCCCUUGCCGCCGGCUUUAACUGGAACACCAUACCCACCCAAUUAUGACCCUACAAAUUCGCAAUGGAAGUAUUUGGACUGCCCACCAGGUCAGCCGGGUGUCAUCCGCUUGGGCGGCAAGGACAUUGAUCUCCUGAGGUUAUGGCAAAUGGUAACUCAAUUGGGAGGGUGGCAAAAAAUCACACAACAACAAAAUGGCUGGGCACAAGUCGCUCACCAGUUCGACCUGCCAGAGUACCUCCCUCAUCUAUCGAGUCCUGGGCAGCAGCGCCCCGUUGGUCAAAUUCUGGGACAUUUAUACGCCGCCAUCUUACAGCCAUUCGACGAAUUUUAUCGUCGUAAUAUGCAGGAGGGUAACCGUAGGGCAAUGGUGGCUGGACGCCAACCAGGCGUUAAUACGGGACCUCCUAACGUGAAUGCAGGGCCUGGUGCACCUCAUGUAGGAUUACAACCAGGAACAGUUGGCCCAAAUGCAGUCGGCGGCAUGAUGGCACAGCACACAGUUAACAAUCAAAAUUCUACUAUCAGCCCUGCCUCUCAGUCACAGCCACUACCACAAAGUCCUCAUAUACGCCAAUCUUCUGCGCCUAAUUUUCAACCACCCGCCAUUCCCCCAGACCCCGCGCCUCAGGCUUCAUCGCAGCUCAACACUUCAAUUUCUGCACCCCAGCUUAUGAAACCAACACCGGAUACAUCUGAACCAGAAACUCAAGGGACGAAGAGAAGACUAGAGUCCGAAGAGGCAGAAGGGAAACGAGCAAGGCAAAAGACAGAUACCACCGAGACCACUAAUACUACAACACCACAAGGAUCCGUCCCGGGGGCUCCCCCCUCGCGCACACAAUUUACGAGGACAAAAGUCGAGUACAUUCCCCUGUCACGCGAAAUUGAUUUCACUGGUGGCCGUGAUUUCAAUGCGCUGGAAGAGGAUUACCUUCGGUCUCAGCGGCGGCCCAUGCGUGAUAUCAAUGAGUGGGGAACGGUUGACAUUGAAGCCCUUACAAUGUCUAUCCGAUCGCGAUUGAACGCCGAGCUUUCCUACGCUCUAACGACAAUUACGUUGUUGUCUACGAUGCGGGGUCCAACCCCUGGGUCUGGAUUUCCCAUUUCACAAUGCACAGAUUUACUCGAGGAGGUGCUCGACCUACUUGAGGAGGAAGCAUUUGGGACCACCCCCGACAUCACGGAUUAUCGGCUGGGCAAUGGUGCUGAGAUGGUGCGACAUCGGGCGCUCGUGGAUGAUGUUUUCGAGAAGGAGUCCAUGCUCUUUGCAGGGCUAGAAAUCCGUGAUCCUCAGUAUGAGACACGUGGUCCAGGGCACCGCGCAGGCAAUAUUGUGCUCGCUGUGACUAACCUCAUACGAAACCUUUCCGUCACCCCAGACAAUAUGCCCUGUCUGGCGAGACAUGAACGCACACUUGAUCUUGUGCUACGUGUUUGUGGCAUCACUGUGUCAUCAGACGGAAUACCCAAACCAACUUCACCGGCACUCGCUCUCUCAGACGUGAUCAAUGUUCGAAAAGAUGCACUUCACAUUUUUGGUAAUCUAUCGAAUUACAUCGUGUUCCCGAAUCCUAAUUCUCCGUCGAACACAACAACUCUCACUGCGAGCCGCAUCCUCGAGAUCAUCGCGUCUAUCCUCAUAGAGCCCUUCGAUUCAGUUCCCCCUACACAAUUUCUCAAACAAAGUGGGGUUCCUUUCCCGCACAGCAGACCAUCAUCUAUUGCCGACCUUGCCCUCGACCUGGACUCUAAUCGGCAGGUAUUUUCUGGGGUCAUGCCCCAAUCACUCAUUUGGCGACUAUUGGAAUCCCUCGUUCAUCGUCUACCGGUAUCAGACCUCGACUUUGCUUUCCUCGGCCGGGACCCAUGGCUAUCUUACUUGGAGAAGUCAAUCAUGGCGAUCUAUACGAUCGCAUUCUUUUCUCCCCCGGAAUUAAAGAAGAAGAUCAAAACGGAUCGCCCUCUGUGUUUCUCACAAGUUAUGAUUCGUAUAGUGCAACGAUUCGUAUCAAUGGGUGGGAGCCCAGAGGUGCGCCAAUGGCAUCUUGCCGUUGCACGCAGAGCGGUGGAAGCCAUGAAAGUGGUGGAUGAAGAGGACGAUGCUUUUGACACCUCACAGUCCACUCAAACUACGCUGGCAUUUGGCAUGGGCUUUAUCGAUGGUAAUGAUUCCGGUAUUGAAAGGGGUAUAGGGUUGCUUGCUAGUCGCCGGGACGCUGCUUGGGAAUUGUUGAUGCGAGAUCUGGAUCCUGUGAUGUUUUCGGAGCUGGAGAGUUUGAUGAGAGUUGAAUGUUAGUCUUUUGCUAGAUUCGCGGGACGGUUACUGUUGGUUAUAACAUCUUGUAUACUGAACCCCAGCGCUCUGUACAUUUUGCUGUCGAUACUAUUGCUAUGUAAUUCUGGAUAUCCAUGUCAACUAUCGAAUUUGUUGUCCUGCCA